AUGGUAGUUGGCAAAUCAUCCAUGCUAGCGUCAACGUUGCUGCUGUUGGUCCAUGUGUGCCUUGCAGCUGCAGCAGAAAAGAUGUUGAUCGGUUACUUUCCCAAUUGGCUGUACGCCAAUUACCCAGUGGAACAAAUCCCCUAUGAAAAAUACACUCACCUUAAUUAUGCCUUUGCUAUUCUCAACAAUGAGGACCUCUUACCCUCUUUUCCUGAUGACUGGGCUGUCGAGUUUUACCUUCCAAAGUUAGUGUCUUUGGCUCAUCAAGCUGAUACCAAGGUGCUCUUAUCGAUUGGUGGCUGGACAGGUUCACAACGUUUCAGCUCCAUGGUGGCAAGCCCCGAAGCACGCCAACGAUUUAUUGAUUGGAAUGUGAACUUUAUUCGCGACUAUGGCACUGAUGGCGUUGAUAUUGACUGGGAAUACCCGGGUCGUCAGGGUGCAGGAUGUAAUGAAUAUGAAACCAAUGACGCUGACAACUUUUUGGUGUUGCUCAAAGAACUCCGUGAAACAUUGGAUCAGGAGUUUGCCGAUGAUUACAAGGAAAUUUCGUUGGCUGUUCACGUGGACCCAUUCACUGGUAGUGAUGGUAAACCCAUGGCCGAUGUAUCUGCUUAUGUGCCUUACUUUGACCACAUCAAUCUUAUGACCUAUGACAUUAAUGGCGCAUGGGCUACUGAGACUGGACCUAACGCACCCUUCCAACGUGAAGAAGGCAAAGGUGCUAGCUAUUCAUUUGUCGAGAGUAUCAAGGCAUGGAAGGAUGCAGGUGUGCCUGGCAACAAGAUGACGGCAGGUCUUGCAUUUUAUGGUCGAUCCAUCAAGGCACAAGUUGACAUGUCUCAAGAUCCUUCAUCACAAUAUCAGCCUGCUAUUGUUGGUGCUCCCAAGGGUGAUUCAGAUGAUGCUUAUUGGGCUGAUCCUUACUGUGCUGCCGAUAUCGAUGGUGUUUCAGGUGUAUGGAAGUGGACUAAUUUGCGAUCCGAAGGUGUCCUUGGAGAUGAUUGGGAAACCACAGGCCAAGGAUGGGUACGCUAUUGGGAUGAUGUAUCCAAAACACCAUGGCUUUUCCAUCCUGAAAGCAAAGUCUAUGUUUCCUAUGACGAUCCAAAGUCGAUUGGUAUCAAGGUGGAUCAUGCACUAUGUGAGGAUUUGGCUGGUGUCAUGAUUUGGGAUCUUCAUCAAGAUAACGGUGAAUUAUUGAAUGUGGCCCAGCGUAUCCGCAGCAGCAAUACUCCUGCAUCUUGCUCUAUCGAGGAGAGUAGUGUCAAUUCCAUGGCUGCUUCUUCACCACCACGUGUAUCAGCACAAGCAAGCAGUGUUCAACAAAGCGCACCUGCCAGCCGAACCACCUUUACCACCACCUCACGAUUGGUUGUGCCAAGUAGUUCCAUUGAUAGUGUCGUUGCACCCUCCUACCAAGCUGCAUCUCCCGCAUUAGGCCAUCCCAUUGAUAGUGAAGCAUGCAACACCCCUGGUGAGCAACGCUGUGUCGAUAGUGGUCGAUCACCCGAUUGGAUUACAUGCAAUUUUAACAAGUGGGUCGUGCGUUCAUGCUCCGCUGGUGCCGUGUGUCAUGAUAACCAGCAAGGUAGUUUCUUCUGCGGACUUGCAGAUACGGUGUACUAA